CUCCUGACGCCAGCUUGGGACCUUGACGAGGUUGAACUUCGUGUAAUAAUCUGGAGGCAACAGCAGCACCAUCGCGCGUUGGUUCUGUUGUGUUGGUCCAUUUCGUCUCAUCGCGCGGUUUCAUGCAUGAGAAAGGUAAGGGCGCAGCGCAGUAGCGCAUUGUUUCUUCAUGGGAGUCGAAUUUGGAACAGGAACUGACCAGAGAUGAGAUAACCAAUCAGAAUAGGAUCUCAAUAUCUCUCUCGUUCCUGAUUUCGCGCAAUCUUUGUCAUCAUGAACAUGGGUAUUCAAGUCGUUCUACCUCCGGAAGAAUAUCAAGAGGAUUUGGAUCUUCGUCUCGGAAGGGCGAAUGGAAACAUCUACCACCGAAAACCUGGCCUGGAAGGAGUCCAUGAUGGACAAGUCAUGGUACGGCUCAAGAAGAAGCGAUUUGUCAUCCUGGACUAUUCUAUCAUUCCCACAGAAGCAGAUAUUCAGGCAGCACAAACCACGGUUCAUACCACCGUCCCCGUUGGCGCUGGAAAGACAAGUUGCACCAAUGCUGACUGCAACAAAGUUGGAGUGCCUGUCUUGAUCUACGAUAGUGAUCCCAAUGAACCGGCUUCACUCUACAUGAGAUCUGGCCUGUGCUUUACCUGUCAGCGAAAUCUCAAUGAAAAACGGAGAACUCAACGAAAGCGACCCAGCGACAUACCUCGGAACGGUCAGACCCUGGAUGGGGGAGUAACCGUUUUCGGGUCCACCUCUAUCCCAAAAAAGUUCAAGAUGAGUCCGGGUGCCAUUGUGAUCCAUCCCAUGGAAGGUCUUCGCCCUCUUGCGGAGGGCUACGGAUUCAAUGAAAUCGGGAUUGAUCUUCAGCGGGUUGUUUCUGAGAUUGCCAUGGAUUCCCAACGAUUGGUAGAUGCCGUGAGUCCUCACCACCACCAUCACCACCCGCAUCCUCACCCUCAUGAACAUCAUCAUGACCCAACCAUGCCACCGCCGCCGCCACCAGACGCAGCUGGCAUUGCCCCUCCUGACAUUGCGGCCACUGCAGCGGCUGUGGCUGCUUCUGUCGGAGCUGAACCAGGGACUCUGGCAGAUGAUCUGGCUACCAGUGCGGCCAUUGAGGCUACGACUAACGGUGACAAAGACCACGAGCACCAUCACCACGACGAACACGAGGUCAUGGUACCCACAGCCAGCGUAGACAUCAAUGCCCUGUACGACAAGGCCUAUCGGACCAUGAACAAGGGGAUUUAUCUACUGUGCCAAUGGAAGCAAAGCUGGGACUCUGCCGUUGCCGCCGCCGUGGCCCAAGAGAGCGUGGAUCACGGUCUCGCAGACGCUGUUGCGUCGGCAGCAGCCGUCGCUGCCGCCGCUGCACAAGAAAACCAAAGUGCUAGCAUGGCUUCUCUCUUGAUGGGACCCGGCCAUGACAAGAAAGAUGACGGGAAGAAGAGCGAUGACGCUGUGCUGGCCGCGGCUGAAGCUGCAGUGGCUGAUGCUACCGAAGCUGUCGUAGAGGCGUACGAGGUUUAGGUGUACCGCUACACCAGUUGCUAUCCGCUGUCGCUGAACCAAUGCCGCAAAUCAUGGACGACUAGUCGAACUGUCGACCUUUGCAAAUAAAUGCAUCCUGCCUUCUGCAUCUUGACUAAAGUUAUAGGUUAGAUAUCCUAGGUUUUGUUAUGAAUC